UUGGUACAUUUGGGAUAGUGCUAGACAUUUGGUACAUUUGGGAUGCUUCUGGAUAUUUCGUACAUUUGGGGUGGUGCUGGACAUUUAGGAUGGUGUUGGAUAUUUGGAAUGGUGCUGGACAUUUGGUACAUUUGGGAUGGUGCUGGACAUUUGCAAUGGUGUUGGAUAUUUGGAAUGGUGAUGGAUAUUUGGUGCAUUUGGAAUGGUGCUGGAUAUUUGGUACAUUUGGAAUGGUGCUGGAUAUUUGGUACAUUUGGAAUGGUGAUGGAUAUUUGGUGCAUUUGGAAUGGUGCUGGACAUUUGGAAUGGUGCUGGAUAUUUGGUACAUUUGGAAUGGUGCUGGAUAUUUGGUACAUUUGGAAUGGUGCUGGACAUUUGGAAUGGUGCUGGAUAUUUGGUACAUUUGGAAUGGUGUUGGACAUUUGGAAUGGUGCUGGAUAUUUGGUACAUUUGGAAUGGUGCUGGAUAUUUGGUACAUUUGGAAUGGUGUUGGACAUUUGCAAAAUUUAGCAAUGUAUUGGACAUACGGGAUGUUCAUUCAUACGUUGGACAUUUGAUACAUCUAGAGACGUGUGGUAGAUUUGGGAAAUUUACGGAUGUUUAUCAGAAAACGCCGGAUCUGGCAACACGUGUAACAAGAAAUACAUCGCUGUUAACACAAUCUCGCGCACGCGCAGUCACACAUACCUCGCCUCCUUUUCUGAUUGUACGUUUCACUCUGGAGGCAAAAAAUUCACUUUCUAACCUGACAUCUGAAAUAUUUCCUAUGGAUACAUUUCUAGACAGAAACAACAGAAUGUUUAAACAUUAAGUAACAAUCCCUGAAAAAAUAUAUAUUAGUGUCAUGUUCAUUUUUUUUUGUUUGUUGUAAAGCUAACGAACAUACUUGAAAUCUCGCGAGAUUUGACACUACACGGAAAUCGCUGCACAGAGCGAGACAAUACGCACGCGUAAACAAACCGUUUAAACUCGAUAGACUGUUUAAACAUUUCGGAUUCAUUCUGUUUUCAGUCUUAUACCGUUUUGGGAGGUGGUGGAUGGUCUUUGGUACAUUCCGUAUCCGUUGGAAGUUGGAGUGGACAUACCGGAAGUGGUGUUGGAGAACCACGGAGUACUGAAUAGAAUGCCGGUCAAUACAGAGAGCAAGGAGCAGGAUGUUCAGGGACCUGUAUGGCUGACGCGUCACGUAAACAGAUCAGAGCGUAAGCGUAACCGUAAGCGGAUAAAAAGUAAACCCAUUGUGCGGUGGUAUAUAAAGAAGAUACGCUCCGAAACGUGCUGUUAUAGGAAAAUAACUCGCUUUGACCCACCAACGAAACGUAGAGCACUUGGCGUACAGCGCCCGGCGUAGCAGGCUUUGGCACGAACUCGCGCUGUGAUGACGUCUCAGCCCAGAUCUGCGGAAAAUCUGUGGUCAUUUCGAAAACCCGCGAGUUCCUCAGAAUAUUGCGCCGUUUGCUUGAUUUUUGCGUUAGUUUCUGCGAUCAGGAAAUCCUGGAAGGGACUGAUAAAAGAACCGCACCACGGCUCCGUCCAAACCGAAUAAACCCUGCGCUUGGAAUUCUUCGCUACUCUUCAGGGACUAGAGGACUGAUGAGCGAUUUGGUGUGUCUUAUGCGUGCUGUUCUCUCCAACACAGACCGACGACUGGACGCAAGAAAAAUGUGUCAACACAAAUGAAAGUUGGGAACACUUAAUGCGCGUCCUGGUGGAACAGAGUGCCGAGCUGGCAGCCGAGUGCAAGUCUCUGGAGGAACAGCAGGCUGCCGAAGAGACCGAGUACAAGAGCCAAAUCGAAAGUUUGGAGAAGAUGAGGGACGACAAGCAGCGGCAACAUCGGGCUCUCCUAGACAAGAUCGAGUCGGUGCAGGUGAAAUUGGACCUAAAUAGCAGUAAGACAACGCGGAAAAACUUCACCGCCAAAGUCGAGGAGCUCACCGCCGAGAGGGAUCAAAAGCUGGAGAUGAAGAGAAGAUUGAGCCAAGAGUUAGAGGAGGCAGAUGGGAGACUGGAGAUGUUUACAGAAGAGCAGAGAAAUGAGAAGCUUAAAUGGGAGCAAGAGAUCGCUGCUUUGCAGCAUGAGAUGGAGAGACUCUCUGGACAAGUUGAAGAAUCCAGGCAGGCAGCUCUGAAAGACGAGAUCGCUGCUCUAGAGUCUCAGAGAGAGCUGGCAAUUUCUCAGCUAGAAGACUGGAUUGCAGAAGCCGAACGAUAUCUAAACACUCUCAGGUCAAACACUUCACCUCAGAGCAGCCGGCAUCGAAUUGAAUGGGAGAAAAAUGUGGCAAUGGUUCGUAAAAACUUGGGCAAACUACAGUUACUGUAUAAUGAAAACCUUAAUCAGCUUCAAAAGGGGCAGCAGCUGGACAGUUUGCCUAAAAUCCCCUUUCCUCAUCUCCCUCUCAUACCCAUGAUCGACUUGUUGAAUUUCACGACGUAUGCUCCGAUCCGCCCAACGGUGACCCAGCCUCAGUUUCACCCGGCCCAUAGAACCACCCCACCUCCUCUUUCUGCACACAACGCGGCGGCCUUCACACCACACACGCACGAACAGAACGUGCCCGUCCCGAGGCUGGCCAUGCCCACCUCCAUCUACGCCCUUACAACACCCUACACUCACCCUACCUACACAUUACCGUACACUGCUGUCCCUACAGCCCAGGUGAACGUCCCGGUCAGUCUCGCAGCAGCAGCUCAGUUGUCUCAAGGGGCGGGGCCAGUCUCCUCAGUACGAAACCCCGCCUCCCAGGCGCUUCCGUCAAUCCCACAACCUGCAGGCAAGCUGGACAAACUGCUGGAGAUACUGGGCACGCAGUUCCCACAGUGCACGAGACCUCAAAUAAUGGCUGUGUUGCAGCAGGUUAAGAGUGAGCGUGGCACUAUGGCUGGCAUGUCCAUAGAGGACAUCAAACAACAAGUGGAACAGAGACUCGCACAAAAUGAACGGCCGCCUCCAGGCCCCAUAGCGCCCCCUGCAGGCUCCAGACACUCACACAGAGGUCCUGUCCAGCCUUCGUUGUCCACGCGUCCCUCUCUCCAUGCUCCCAGUGCCCACGUCUUCCAGUCCCGAGGCCCACAGGCCACUCCAGCUGUGCGCAGACUGUGUUUAAUGUGUCAGAACCACGUAGAACCGGGAACCCAGUAUAACACAAACUGCACUCAUACGCUACACAAAGAGUGCAUCAGUGUGUGGCUGCAGUCCAGCAAGAACAACUCCUGUCCUUUCUGCCCCAGAAAAUAAACCCGUGUGGCUCUUUACGUCACAUGAUGCAUACGAGACAUUAAGGCCUGCAGGGAUUAUUGUUAUUAUUUUUUCCCUUUAUAUUCUUUUAUAUGUGAACAACAUUUUUAGAAAUAUUUUUGACACGAAUCCAAAUGGGUUGUGUGUGUGUUCUGUUCCUACAGAGAGAGAGAGAGAGAGACAAACAUUUUAGAGCACUCUGUAUUUCAAUUCUAUCGAUUUUCUAAUAAACAUUAAUUGAUAUGUC